AUGGAUUCAUUUUUGGUUGGAUCCUUUGCAAGAGGCCUUUUCCUUGUUCACUCUGAAUGCUUGGAGUCAAAUUACAUUUCUAGCCGGCCUUUUCGAGUAAAUGCGGGGCCUGUUCAUGCAUAUGUUGCUGUUCCAGGAGGAAAGACUAGCUAUCUCUCGGAGCUCAAGUCUGGCAAAGAGGUCAUUGUGGUUGAUCAAAGGGGUAUGCAGCGAACAGCUAUUGUUGGACGUGUAAAGAUUGAGACUAGACCACUUAUCCUUGUGGAAGCAAAGGUAGAAUCCGAAAAUGAAAGUUACUCUAUACUCUUGCAGAAUGCGGAAACAGUUGGAUUAGUCUCUCCGCUUCAAGACGAGGGAUAUCAACGAACAACAAUUCCUGUGACCUCACUCAAAGUUGGUGAUGAGGUUUGCCUCCUAGUACAGGGAGGUGCUCGGCAUACUGGAAUAGAAAUUAAAGAAUUUAUUGUUGAGAAGUGAAUUAGUUUCUGUGCAUUUGAGCUUUUUUUGUUGACAAAUGAGUGACCUUCAAGCUCUUGAUGAUGAUACUAAUGUAGGAACCUGGCUAUGGCAUUUAAAUUAAAGAUCUCAGUUAAAGGAUUCACUCUCCUAAAGCUUCCAGGGGUUUGGUGAUGUGUUGGUUAGACGCAGGUCACAGAAGUCGGGUAUUUAAGUGGAGAAUAGUAGAGGGGAGCCAUUAUUCACCAAGCUAGCGUAGUGCUUUGUAAAAUAUGGACUCAAAAGACUUCAGUAUAAUGCAAUAUAAUUUGUGCAAAUCAUAGUUUAGUUAAAUGAUUGCACUUUGUCUUAAA